CGGAAGCGAAGACCGAGCCCCCAGCAGCGGGACCAGAAAACUGGCCGCCGGAACGUUUGUGCUGCAGUGUCUCGUCCCCCGGCCGGUGCUCAUUCGUAGAGGGACCGCCUCGGCCGAGCGCCUGUUGGUAGGAACCCGCUUGGCGUCGGGUCGGCGGAGGUUUGGGGGUGCUCUGGCUGUAUCUGAAGCCGCCGUCGGGGAGCGACCGCGGGAAAGGAGGCGCCAUGGACGAUCAGGGCUGCCCCCGGUGUAAGACCACUAAAUACCGGAACCCCUCCUUGAAGCUGAUGGUGAAUGUGUGCGGACACACUCUAUUUACUGCAUAUUGCUGGAUCUCUAAGCAGUAUAUUAUUUUAGUUUUGAAUUUUAUGUGUGAAAGUUGCGUGGAUUUACUGUUUAUGAGAGGAGCUGGAAACUGUCCUGAGUGUGGCACUCCACUUAGAAAGAGCAACUUCAGGGUACAACUCUUUGAAGAUCCUACUGUGGACAAGGAGGUUGAGAUUCGGAAAAAAGUGCUAAAAAUAUACAAUAAAAGAGAAGAAGACUUUCCUAGUCUAAGAGAAUAUAAUGAUUUCCUGGAAGAAGUGGAAGAAAUUGUUUUCAACUUGACCAACAAUGUGGAUUUGGACAACACCAAAAAGAAAAUGGAGAUGUACCAAAAAGAAAACAAAGAUGUCAUUCAGAAAAAUAAGUUAAAGCUGACUCGGGAACAGGAGGAAUUGGAAGAAGCUUUAGAGGUAGAAAGACAGGAAAAUGAACAAAGAAGACUAUUUAUACAAAAAGAAGAACAACUGCAGCAGAUUCUAAAAAGGAAGAAUAAGCAGGCGUUUUUAGAUGAACUGGAGAGUUCUGAUCUCCCUGUUGCUCUGCUUUUGGCUCAGCAUAAAGAUAGAUCUACUCAGUUGGAAAUGCAACUUGAGAAACCUAAACCUAUAAAACCAGUGACAUUUUCCACAGGCAUCAAAAUGGGUCAGCAUAUUUCAUUAGCACCUAUUCAAAAGCUUGAAGAAGCUCUAUAUGAAUACCAACCACUGCACAUAGAGACAUGUGGACCACAAGUUCCUGAUCUUGAGAUGCUAGGAAGACUUGGGGAGGCCCAAGAAGAGAAGUCAGAGAAAGACAGGGACUGCAUUAUUCUGUUGCCAGAGAGUCUGUGCAGCUGCCACUUCCUUCUGAUUCACCACCACCACUUGCCACAGCUGCUGGGCUGGAUAAAAGUAUUUAAAUCAUGUCAGAGCUGCCUCUCCACAGGACCUUGCUGGAGGCUAUACUUCUUCUCUUGCUUGUCACAGAGCACUACAGGAUGCAUUCAGUGGGCUUUUCUGGCAGCCCAGUUAACCUUUAUUUCUCCUUUUUAAGAUUUGGACCGAAUCAGGGAGCUAGCAAAAGCAAAGCAGACUUGUAAAAGUAUAGCCAUAUGCAGCUGCCCAACAACAGUUCUACCACUAGCAGCUGUGUUAAAGUAUUUAUAAGAGAAAAUUUCAGAACUAAGCUGAGUAAUAUAGUGGAUAAAUAUAUGUGAAAAAGAUUUAUUUUUUACUUAUAUUUUUCUGAGAGGGAUUGAAGCUGUAAACUUCAUCUGAUGGAAGAUAUGAAUAAUUCACCUAUGUAUGCUUGAGGUUGACAGACUUGUAAAAUCUUUUUAAAAAUAAAGCUAGACUUUAUAUUAA